UAAACUUCCUACAGUAGCCUCGGUUUAAUACGAGGCGAGCAUUAAGCAAAGCCCGGCGGAGCCUUUCCCUGUCACUGUAUCCGCAUGUGGUUGAAUGGUGCCUGACCCACAGGAAUCUCCUCCGCACAACAGAAAAGCCUCUGAGUGGGAAGGGAAACCAGAGCAGCUCCGAGCGCAGAGACGCGCGGCGCCCUCAUCCAACCAGCGCCAGCUCCGAGAAUCACUAAACACCACAGAGGGAGUUUUAACCCGUCAAAGUGCCUGAGACCGAUCCGACCCUCAACCGGUCCGUCCUGAAGUGGAGACAUCAUCACUCGGACAUCCGAUCACUUGAUGAAGUUAUCUGCGUGUGGAAGAGAGGAGUUCCCCGGCGCACGGGAGCAGAGCAAACCGGCGUGGUGCUGAGAGGAUCAGCAGCGAGGAUGUCUGCGAAGCAUCUGAACUUUGAUUCACUCUUAGGGGAGCACUUCCGAACUGUUUUGCUCUUGUGAUUAUUUUACUUUUUUUUAAUUAUUAUUAUUAUUUUGCCGGAGAACGAGAACUCUCCCUCCGCGGGCUCUGCUGAAGAAGUUAAUUUUGAAUGACACAGACUUUUCUGCACACUCGGACUGGAUUAGGCACCCAGCUUUCCACAGCUGCUACCAGAGAUGCCUGCUUGUUUCACAGGAAUUUACUUUCUACUGGCUCUGCUGCGGAUUUGUUCAGGGUCUCGUCUCCGACAGGAAGACUUCCCACCCCGGAUUGUAGAGCACCCCUCUGACUUGAUUGUGUCUAAAGGGGAACCAGCCACGCUCAACUGUAAGGCAGAGGGCCGUCCAACCCCGACAGUGGAAUGGUAUAAAGAUGGCGAGCGCGUUGAGACGGACCGAGACAACCCGCGCUCCCACCGCAUGCUGCUGCCCAGCGGAUCCCUCUUCUUCCUGCGCAUCGUUCACGGACGUCGGAGCAAGCCAGACGACGGCAGCUACGUCUGUGUGGCCCGAAAUUAUCUGGGCCAGGCGAUCAGUCACAACGCAUCCCUGGAAGUAGCUAUUUUGCGGGACGACUUCAGACAGAACCCCGUUGACGUCAUGGUUGCCGUUGGAGAGCCUGCAGUGCUGGAGUGCCAACCCCCCCGUGGACACCCUGAGCCCACAAUCUCCUGGAGGAGAGAUGGCGCCAACUUGGAUGACAGAGGCGAACGCAUCACAAUCCGGAGCGGCAAGCUUAUGAUCACCAACACCAGGAAGAGCGACGCGGGGAAGUACAUCUGCGUCGCCACCAACAUGGUGGGGGAGAGGGAGAGUGAGAUCGCGGUACUCACUGUGCUAGAGCGGCCAACCUUCGUGAAGCGCCCCAGCAACGUGGUGCUGCUGGCGGACGAGAGCGUGGAGUUCCACUGCGUUGUUCAAGGAGACCCCGUCCCCACCGUCCGCUGGAGGAAAGAUGACUCUGACCUACCUAAGGGCAGAUUUGAAAUCCUGGAGGACCACACUCUGAUUGUUCGCCAAGUUGCCUCUCCAGAUGAGGGCUCCUACACAUGUAUGGCAGAGAAUAUGGUCGGGAAAUCUGAAGCAUCUGCCACCCUCACUGUACACGUCAACACGGUGCCCCCCGCCUUCGCCGUUCGCCCCAGGAACCAGGUGGUGUCAGUAGGCAGGAUGGUCACCUUCCAGUGCGAAGCCACGGGCAACCCACAGCCAGCCAUUUUCUGGCAGAGGGAGGGCAGCGAGAGUCUUCUGUUCUCCUACCAGCCGCCACAGCCCUUCAGCCGUCUGUCUGUCUCCCAAAUGGGCAGCUUAACCAUUACGGAUGUUCAGCGCUCUGACGCGGGCUUCUACAUCUGCCAGGCUCUCAACAUAGCUGGCAGUGUCAUUACUAAAGCUCUGCUAGAAGUUACAGAUGCUGGAUCAGAGCACACCCCUCCCGUCAUCCGGCAGGGUCCCGUCAAUCAGACGGUUCCCGUUGACAGCACGGCAGUACUGGGUUGCCAAACUGUUGGCGCUCCGCCUCCCACUGUCCACUGGAAGAAGGACGGCACAGUGGUCUCUCCAGUGGAUUCUCGGAUGUCCCUAACAGAAACAGGGUCACUGAAGAUCCACUAUGCAAAGCUGGGUGAUGCAGGAUUCUACACGUGUGUUGCUUCUAGUCCAAGUGGAGAGGCUUCCUGGACCGCAUAUCUGCAAGUGGAAGAGUUUGGCAUUGUUGUCCAGUCCGGUCAUCCAAAAGAUUCCAACCUGAUUCCUGGUGCUCCGUCCAAACCUGAAGUUUCUAAUGUUAGCCGGACGUCUGUCACACUGUCAUGGAAAUCCAGCCCUAUUCCUGGCGUAACGCCUACAUCCUACUUAAUUGAAGCAUUCAGUUAUACAUUAGGAAACAGAUGGGUGACCUUAGCAGAGCAUGUGAAGACUGAAUCCUAUGUUCUGACUAAUCUGAAACCUGGAGCUGUUUAUGUCUUCAUGGUCAGAGCCAGUAAUAUUUAUGGCCUUAGUGAUCCCAGUCUAAUCUCUGACUCAGUCAGAACUCAAGACAGCUCCUCCACCAUGCAGGGGGUGGACCACCGUCACAUCCAGAGAGAACUGGGAGAUGUUGUGAUCCACCUACACACACCAACAGUCCUGUCAUCUUCAGCUGUCCGGGUGCACUGGAUGGUGGAACAGCAGUCCCCUUACAUCCAGGGCUACAAGGUGCUUUACAGGGUAUCCGCGGAGCAUGGGCAGCCGGAAUCGCAGUGGGCUGUUCUGGAGGUGCGUGCCCUGCCGGAGGACGGGGUGGUGAUCAGUCAGCUAAAGAAGGGAUGCAUCUAUGAGUUCAAAGUGCGACCUUUCUUUGAUGAGUUCCAAGGAGCUGACAGUGAGGUGAAGGUUGUCAGGACAUUGGAAGAAGCCCCGAGAAGAGCUCCCCAAGGUGUUACAGUCACAAAGAGCGAUGCCAAUGGGACUGCUGUCCUUGUUUCCUGGAAGCCACCUCCAGAGGCGGGAGAGGACGGAAUCAUUCAGGAAUACAAGAUCUGGUGCCUGGGUAACGAGAGCCGCUACCAUGUGAAUCAGUCGGUGGAUGGGUCAACCUUCUCUGUGCUCAUUCCUAGUCUGGCUCCAGGAAUUCGCUACAGUGUAGAAGUUGCAGCAAGCAACGGUGCUGGGCCCGGAGUCAAGAGUGAUGUAGCGUUCUUUCAAUUAGAUUUUGCCGGCCAGAUGAUGGACAUCAGUGACAAAGGAGGCACCUUGUCCCAGAUCUCAGAGGUGGUGAAGCAGCCGGCUUUUAUCGCAGGCAUUGGCGCCACCUGCUGGCUCAUCCUCAUGAUUUUCAGCGUGUGGCUGUACCGUCAUCGCAAGAAGAGGAGUGGCCUCAGCAGCACAUACACUGGCAUCCGGAAGGUCCCAUCUUUUACGUUUACACCUACAGUGGCAUAUCAAAGAGGAGACGCUGUGUGCGGAGCUGGCAGGCCUGUCCCUCUCAGCAUGGGCGAGCCUCUAAACCAGCUGUGGCUGCCAGACAACUGGCCAAACGCAUGUGCCAAUCAUAAGGACUGCAGCAUCAACUGCUGCAAUAAUGGCAACGGCACCAGUGACAGCAACAUGACAACAUACAGCCGACCAGCUGACUGCAUUGCCAACUAUGGAAACCACCCAGAAAACAAGCAAGGGGGACAGCUUGGUUCUGAGACCCCCAUAUACAGCGAUGUGAAUCUUUCCAACAAGCUCACUGAGAUUAAGACGUUUAACAACUCCAACUUUUGCUACACGAGCCCAGGAGGAGACUCGUCGGGCACGUACGAGCCCAUACCGUACGCCACCACGCAGCUCAUUCAGGCCAACAUUAAAAACAAGGCCUCCGCCGGUGGCUGUGCAGCCGAGCCCCCAGAUAUACCCUGCUGGAAGCAGCCGCCCAACCUGCCGCCGAUACCCAAGGAGAUGGCAGCGCUGAUGCAGCACAGCACAGCCGAGCAGAGCUGCAACGAUCUACAGGGAAACGAGGGCAUGAUCCACCCCAAAACCAUGCCGUACAACCAGACCCGCGACCACAGCACAGGAGGCUCCCACCAGAGCUCCGACAGAGGCAGCAACAGCACCUCAGGGAGUCAAAAUCAAAAGAAAGGAAUGCGGGCCCAGAAGAUUCCCAAACACAUUGCAGUGAGCUGGGGGGACGCCGUGUCUGAUCCUCAUCCGAACGCCUGGGACUGCGACGAGUACAGUCUGCCCAUGGAGACGAGCUUUGAUCCAGAGGAGAGACUGGACAGCUGCCCCACUCCCCCGGUCAGAGGAGUAGCCUCAUCUACUACUGAAGCGUCCUGCAGUGGUGUACCCGCCGCUCCACCGCAAGGAGACAUUAGCAACGGCCUGCAGGAUGGAGCCAAACACCUCGCCCACACCUACUGCUCAAUACUGGACACAGACGGACCGGAGGAGAACGAGGAGGAGGUCGACGAGGAGACGGCGGCCGCGCUGGCAGAAGAUCUCUACAGCCAAUCCCAGCACCACCUGAAGCACAAGCAGCACCAUGUCUCUCCGCACAAGUUGCUUCUGCAAGGUCUGGAGCAGACGCCGGCCUCCAGCACCGGGGAUCUGGACAGAUCGGUCACAGGGUCUAUGGUCAACAGCUGGGGCUCAGCAUCUGAGGAUAACAUCUCGUCAGGCAGGUCCAGUGUCGUCAGCACCUCAGAGGGCUCCUUCUUCACAGACGGCGAUUUCAACCAGGCUGUCGCCUCUUCCAGGGAUAUUGUAGGCCUGCGUAUGUGCAGGUACCCAGAGGUGCCAGGUCGGCGGCACCAGCGAGCAAGCAGUCCCAUGUCAACGGACAGCAACAUGAGUCCUGCGAUAACACACAAAAGGCCCAGACGCCAUAAACCAAACCAGUCUGGACAACAGGACUACCAAUCCAAAGAUAUCUUCAGCGACGACUCUUGCAUGCCUCUAAAUUUCACAAACCAGAUGUCCCACGACGACCACAAAGCGAGGGGAGCAACUCUGCCUCGGAUGGGCUCCGGGCAGGGCCGGGCCAGACGAGGCAGCGCCGGGACUCACAGGGUCAGAGACGGAGCAACUGAGCAGAGAGAGAGUCAAGAAAUGGACAAGGUUCCACCGGGGGCUAAAGGAAACAACAAUAACAACCGACAGCAUUCAGAAUUUGGGGACGUGCUUUUGUACAGUCGUCCGUCUUUCCCGUCAGGUCAGCCUCAGAGGGAGUCGGGCUGUAAUCCAUCAAACUUUCAGUCAUGUGGAGGCUCAAGGACCAAGCAGGGAGAGCAGGUCAUCCUCACAGAACAGGUGGAAGAGUUCCUAAAGAGGUAAGAAGCAUCAGGAGCUCAAGAGGAAUAUACUGCAGCUGGACUAUGGCUUUUAAAAUGUGGACAUAAACUCUGAAAAUACUGCACAACAUCCUUUCCUACUUUGAAUUUCACAUUUGGUGUUAAAAAAAUGCUCUCAUAUUAAAUGGUGGACUUGUUUUUUGUUUGUUUUUUUUCUUAAUGACCAGCAUUCAGGUCCUUGAACUGCUGGCUCCUUUGAAAAUAUAACGAAUGCACAGUGGAUGGCGGAGAUGAGCGCACACCAGAGUGUUGUUGCUCGACGCGGUUUGUGUGAUAUUUGUUUGUCCGUUGUCUUGUUCUUUCUCUGUAACUAAACUACGGUCAUUACCAGCCAUCUUGUAAAUUGUUUACUGCCACAGAAGUGCUUCAGAUUUUUAUAUAACAGUGUUAAUGUUUUUGUCUUAUUUUUUAAGUGAUGUACAUUUUUGUCUCUGUAUUAUUUUUGUCCUACUUUGGUUAUGAAAGCACAAUCACUUAAUUUUAUUUGAAUUCAGUGUUGAAUGAACUUGAACCAGGAGGAAAUCAGCUGUCGGAGUCCUGUUAAUCAUUUUUAUCACUUUACGUCAGACUGAGAAAAAGAUUUAACAAUUGUGAUGUGCAUUGAGUUGUGUGCUUUUCGGCUGCUUUCAUUCAAAUUUGAGCUAUCUUUGUUGUGUGUACUGGGAGAAUUGCAUGCAGAUUCGAAGCGAAGGACGUUUUUUUUCUAAUCAAGUUUGUGCUUUGCCCUUUAUUUGGCAUUAUAAAAAAAAAAAAAA